GACAAGAUAGCAGCAAUUACAUACAAAAAAAUUAUUUUAAAAAAAUACGUAAUGAUCUAGAAUCAACCUUCAUCUCCAAAUAGUUACUCUAAUUACACGAAUUUCUUUUAUCCUAAUAAGUAAUCCGAAUUUGACCAACAAACAUCUACAUGUAUUGAUGAAUGAAUUUUCAAGUCUUAAAUUUUAAGCUUCAGAAUGCAUGUAUCUAGUGGUUAUGCCAUAUGUGAUUAAUCAAUCCUUGCUAUCGUUAAUGUAGCUUUUUAAUUCAAUCUUUAACACUUCAACUUUUUAGUUUUUUACCCGUCCGAUGAAAAAGGAAAUAAAACGGCUUUAAUAAGAAAGAAACUGAAAAAAAAAAAAACAAUGUGUAAAAUGCGCACACUUGUACUGGAUUACAAGAAAGACCAAAAGUUACAGUGAAACUGUCCCCUUUUGCUUUGGCGGCCACUCUCUCAGCAAAGAUUUCUCCCUCCCUCCAUUUCCCUUUCAUUGCUCCCACACCUUCGCCUCCCCUCGCUACAGAAACCCUAGAUAUUCUCCACUCCUCCAUAUUUCCCGCUCUCGGUUCACAUAGUUUCUCGAAUCUUGCGCUUCUCGAUUCCAUCUCCGACGAUGGAGGUUACACUAACGAGUGCCGCCGCCGCCACCUCCUCGACCAAGCAAGUAGAACAGCAGCAGCAGCAGCAGUUCGCUUUGGCUUCCCUGACUGACCUUACCUCUUGCUGUUCUUCUUCUUGUGUAGCUUCUGCGUCGUCGACUUCUUCCCCGGCAGUUGCGACGUUUUCCGCCGAUGACGGAGUCGCCGAGCUGCGAUUCCGCCGAGAGUCCGAUUCGGACGGCGGCGUUGUCAAUGUUGAUCUAACGACCGCUCAGAUAUGGAAGCUGGGGCCAACGCAGGCGGUUUGCAUAUUCGAUGGUUCGGAUUGUGAUUCGAAUGAAGAGAAAUAUUCAAAGGGAGUCACUGUUCAGUUUAGAAAUGAGGAGGAAAGCAGGAUCUUCCAUUGUGCAUUUGAGCAAUGGAAGAAAGGAAUCGUGACUCAAGGAGAAUCUUUGCCUAAUGGAACAUUGAGUAGUAAAAGCAAGUUUGAUGACAAGAUAGAGCCUUCAUCAGCAAAAAUGUAUUUCCAUUAUUAUGGACAGUUACUACACCAGCAAAAUAUGCUCCAGGACUAUGUCAGGACAGGAACAUAUUAUGCUGCAGUCAUAGAGAAUCGUGCAGAUUUUUUUGGUCGUGUGGUGGUAGAUGUUGGUGCUGGUAGUGGUAUCUUGUCAUUAUUUGCCGCUCAGGCUGGGGCAAAGCAUGUCUAUGCUAUUGAAGCAUCUGAGAUGGCAGACUAUGCCACCAAGCUUAUUGCUGGCAAUCCAGCACUUGGUGAGAGGAUUACGGUAAUAAAGGGUAAAGUAGAGGAAGUUGAGUUGCCAGAGAAAGCGGAUAUUCUGAUCUCUGAACCUAUGGGAACGUUGCUGGUGAAUGAAAGAAUGUUGGAGACGUAUGUUAUUGCAAGAGAUCGGUUUCUUGCUCCCACAGGAAAAAUGUUCCCAUCUGUUGGCAGGAUACAUAUGGCUCCUUUUAGCGAUGAGUAUUUGUUUGUUGAAGUUGCUAAUAAGGCCCUUUUCUGGCAGCAGAAGAACUACUUUGGUGUUAAUCUAACACCGCUGCACGAAUCUGCUUUCCAGGGUUACUUUUCUCAGCCUGUUGUAGAUGCAUUUGAUCCAAGGCUAUUAGUAGCUCCCGCGACGUAUCAUGUGCUAGACUUUGCUCAGAUGAAGGAAGAGGAUUUGUACGAAUUAGAUAUCCCCUUGAAAUUCACAGCCUCUGUUGGCACUAGAGUGCAUGGACUAGCUUGUUGGUUUGAUGUCUUGUUUAAUGGAAGUACUGUGCAACGGUGGCUUACUACUGCCCCUGGUGCUCCGACGACCCACUGGUAUCAGCUACGCUGCGUCCUGGCUCAGCCACUCUAUGUCAUGGCAGGGCAAGAAAUUACCGGCGGGCUUCAGUUAGUUGCACACAGUGCGCAGAGUUACACCAUCCAUCUCACUUUGUCAACUAAAAUGUGGGGUCCGGGUUCUGAACAAGGCGGAAUACUCCAGACCUCAUCAUGCAAACUCGAUCUGAAAGAACCAUACUAUCGAAUGUCUCAACCACAAGCUUACGCAAUGCCUCAGGAACCGCAACCUCAACAAUUCAUCCCUACACAGCUGCAGGAUGUACACAUUCAAGCAGAUGACCUAGAUGAUACAGAUUUGAUACAGCCGUUGCAGAAUUUGGAAGCUCAGCUCCCAUAGGCCCGGCCGGCUCUGUGUGACAAUAAUCUUCUUUUGACAUAGAUUUGUGAUCUCUGUAACAUAGAAUUAUAAACCCACUGGCUCUGGAAGGCCAAGGUUUCCCCCUCAGUGUAAUUCGCUUACUCCUUUCUCCAAACUAUUAUGAGGUGAUUUGCUUUUAUCGUUUGAAGCUUUACCUCAUGAGGUAUGCAGAAUAAUCGAGCCUUGUUUUCUCCGAAAUUUUGGUUCUUGAACUGCAUUUGGUGAAAUGUAUGGAAAACUUGUGAGGAUGAGUAUUGAUACUGGUUCAAUAUGGCAAAUGUUAACAGCGGCACCGCCGGCCGUAACCACCGUCGUUUCCACCGAUUCCGUAUCCUCGUCCUCUUCAAUUCCGUCGAGGGCGCUACGGAGGAAAAGCUACCUGCAUCCUAAAAUCCUCAAAACCCUAACUAAACCCUUAAACCCUUG